AUGGCCGAACGCAAGACUAUCCAGAAGUACUAUCCCGCCGACUUUGACCCAGCAAAGCUAGUGCGCUCAAAGAAAUCCUCAGCCCCCACCCGCACCGUCGUAAACUUCGCCUGCCCCUUCCGCAGCAUGCGCUGCCUCUCCUGUGGCCACUACACCACCAAGGGCAAAGUCUUCCGCAACAGCCCCAAGUACAUCUCGCCUGAAACGUAUCUCGGCGUGAAGAUCGUUACGCUGCAUUGUAAAUGUCCUGGCUGCGGUGCGGGAAUCGUUAUUGAGACUGAUCCGAAGAAUAUGGACUACAAAAUCGUGAAGGGGGCGGUGAGGGGGUUUGAGGCGUGGAGAGAUAACGAGCGCGCCAAAAAUACCGAAGAGCAGCGUUUGGAGAGGCUUGAAGCUGAGGGCCUUGAGGGACGCGACGAGAAAGCGACGAUGGAGAUGCUGGAACGGAAGACUGAGGAUGCGAGAGUUGAGGUUGCUGUUGGGGAUGCGUUGGAUGAGAUUAGAGCGGCGAAUGCACGGAGAGAGGGUGUUGGUAAGGGGUGUAGCGUGGCUGCCCUUGUGCCACCGAGGGAAGUUGAGGAUGCGGAAGAUGCGGAGAUUGCAAGGGCUGUGUUUAGGGGGACGAAGAGGUGUUCACCAGAUCUUAAAUCGAGUGAAGAGUCGCUGAAUGUAGUGUUUCCGGUGUCUAGGCCGGCGAAGAAGGCGAAGAAGGAUUUUGCGAAGACGUUGGGGAUUAGGAGGAAGGUGAGGGAUUAA